CCAGUAAAAAAAGCUUAUGCCAGCAACCGUCUUUGGAGCUGAAUGGUUCCUACAUGGGUAUUGGGGGAUCUCAAACUUUGCAUAAGAACAGUAAAGCAUCAAAGGUUGGAAGCCCAGCCCAUGCUGCAUUGCCUCAGCCUUGCAGAAAUAACCAUGAUUACGGGACUGAAAUUCACUACAACCAUCAGGAAUCUCUGAAAGAAUAUCCGAUAGAAAAUGGCUUGCACAGGAAAUGGAACAACAUGAUUUCUGCAGCCAAACAGAGGAGCCCUCGCCAUAUAAAACCAUCUCAGGAGCCUGACCAGAAAGCAGAUGAAUUUCACAGCACGUGCCCUCAACAAGUCAGUCAUGGUUGUGCCUGUAGGCAAGGAGGAUGCUCAGGGAACAUGCAGGAGAGCCACCAGGUUAGCCAGGUACUUAGAAAACAUCCGGCACCAGUUCACAAAACCUGUGAUGAUUCUAGGCUCUCUCAAGUUUCUGGGUUGAAUGACAGUGUGGACUCAAGGCAAAAAGAAACAGAGACCGCUAGAAGGUUGCAUGAAGAAAGAAGGCAGAAGCUGCUUCUGCAGAAAAUGGAGCUGGAAAUUGAAAAGGAACGACUCCAACAUUUAAUGGCUGAGCAAGAAGCAAAACUGCUCCUAAAACAACAGCAACUACACCAAUCCUGUAUGGAUUAUAACAGGUUUAGAGGCCACAUACCUGUUUCAGAAGAUGUGCCCAUUGAUGAAGCACCAGGAGAACUUGCUGUGAUGAUGAACAGCAAGAGCAUGGGGCUAAGUGUACCAGUGUCGAAACAUGAAGAUUAUUUUCCAAGGACACCUCCAGUGAGUACAACCUCCAGAACACCAGGAAGUGGUGGGAGCAGUUUGGGGAAGAAGAUGGCUGGGUUUGGUGCAAACAUGCAAGAUGAGAGAGCCCUUCUUGUGCAAACCAAGAAGGAAGGCAUCAAGUCAAGGAAAGAGACAACUUUAGGACCUAGGAAGGAUGCAGCCACAUCUCCCGUGCUGAUAGGCAGCAGCACAUCCCCAAUCCAGCAUGACAUUUCACGGUACGAAGACUGUCUUCUUAAAAUGGUUGAAGCAAUGAAUCCAAUAUCUGCCCCAGGACACCUUUGCAGAGAAUCUUAUGACAGGAAUAAAAUGCACACGCCUCAUCGCGUAAGCCACAGGCCAUCAUCCUCUUGGUACCAGACCCCUUGCAGCCCCAGAAGCAGAGCGGAUGAGCUGGAGGAGAGCCGGCUCCUUGAGGAGAUUUUCUUCAUUUGACAUGCCUCAUUGGUCUUUAAUUUUUAUGUCUUUUUAGGACCUCUUUAUUGCUGAUUUGUUUGUGUUAAAGUGCCAUUUUUAAAUUAUUUGAGUGACAACUCUUUGUCUUCUCUCUUCUAAAACAUAGAUGAUUAGCAUCCAGUUUCAUUUUAGAUUUAGUGAUCAUGGUGCUAGAACAUUGUUGGGGUAGACCAGUCAGAAAGUGUUAACUUUUUUUUCCUAAACCUUUCAUUUGCCAAGUAAUCAUUCUAAAAUAGGAUUUUUUUAAUCUACAACAUUUUCUAAUAGGUUGAAGUCACAGUUUUGCCAGCCUCAUAUCAGAAGUAUAUUUCAUUAUCGAUUUUUAGCUCUGAAGCAGUUUGCAAGAACUGCCUAACAUUCAAGAACCACUAGGUUCAAAGUAGAUUAUUUUCUAAUUAAACAAGUCUGUUUCAAACCUGGCAUAUUAUAUUAUAGAGGUACAAGCACUUUAGUACUUUUUUUCUGGUGAUUUUAUUGUCUACUUUUUCCAUCAGCAUUCUGAUAUUUAACACUCUGGGGUUUUAGGGGAUAUGUUGUAAGCUCAAGUAUACAGUGUCUAACAACAUUAAUAGAAGAGUUGCAGGUUGAUGUACUGUACAUCUGUUUGAACUACGUUCCUCUUCAAAUCAGUGCUAUUUGACAGAGUUUAUGUGCUGGGUAACCUAACCCAGAAAUAGCAGAACACAGUCAGACAUUGUAGUGGUUCAAAACUUAUCUGAUGUACUUUUCAAGAUAAAAUAUAUUAUAGUGGUAGUAUAACAGUCUUAAGACAUUUUCACUAAUUUGCACUAUUUUGAUCCUGUACCCAGGCUCCAUUGUAAAUAAGACAAAUCAGUAAUUAUUUCCACUAGCGGCUCACAAUGCACAUUUCCCUGACGGCUUUAAUUAUUCAUGCUGUAUCUAUUUCAGUUUAUUUAAAUGCACUUCCAUCUACUGCAUGUACUUGGUUAUUUAAAGAAAUGUGCCGAAUUGGUAAAAAUGACUGCAGAUUACAGGAUUAAUGAUCAUUUUCUGCACAAUGCAGUGUUCAUAUUUUAUUGUAACAGUAGCCACCGGCAUGUGUUCCUAGAAAUAUGAGGCUAAAAUACUCAUUUUGCACAGUAAAAUUGCAGCAAGGGAAAGGUAGAAUUGAGCCAGUAUGGGCAAGUUCUAGGCCAUUUGCUCCCAAACACCACGUCGUGGGCCAGUACAGCUUUACUGAGAGUCUCUUUAGGCAACCCAGCUUAUCUUAAUGGCAAUGAGUUGCUGUACCAGUCCUUGGGGUGUUGCUGCUGCAUGCCUCGUACACUCUUACUCCUGUUUGGUGCUCUGCGAGGAGCUUGCAAGUCUCGGCAAUGAGACCCACAGUGCAUCUCUGAUGAGAUCAUCAGUGCAGGUUAUGUAGCACGUGCCCCUGGCAGCACUGUGCUCUUACAGCAAUGAAACAAAAGGAGAAUGAGGGGGAAGAUGAACCUCAAGUUACUCUGAGCUGCUUUGUUCAGGCUCAGUCUUAAUCACAAAUUAGGUGAUAGCCUUUUUGUGCAUCCCAGCUGAGUAUUAAAAGCUGCUUGGGGGAGUUUAAAGAACGGAAGCAGCAUUGCUGGACCAGAAAAUGACUACUGUGGGAAGGCCCUACUUGGUCUGUCCUGCUGUCAGUGGAAUAUUAGAGUUCUUUUGAAUAUGCCCAUUUGCUGUUGAAUGUUGCCCUCUCGCGAAGACGCAGGUUUCUGCUUAAAGCCCUAAAGAUAUAUACAGUACCCUGACCCAAGUAUAGCAGGUGGGGAAAUAGGUUUUCUCAUUCUGCUGUGUAAGUAGGCUGCUUCUUUAAAAGGGCAGGGAAAAGGAAGUGAAAGAAGAGUAAACUGUACAAGAAGCACCAAGAAAAUUGUAAAACUAUGAAGAAAUGCCAUCACAUAGAUCUGAGGGUUUGGGGUUGAUUUAUGUGUUUUUUAGUUUUGUUCAGGGAAUGGUGAUGUUGUUGAGGUUUGGCAUUUAUAAAGAAAGAGUUCUCUGAUUUCAGUCCAAUUGCUAUUCUUUUUUCCAGUUUGACUGAAACUUUAAUUGCCUUUUCUAACAAGUGCUAACUGAUCUUUUGAAACAGCAAAAAAUACAUGUAUAUCUCUUGAAAGGUGCCUUUGUGUACCCCGUCGAGAACACUGCGUGGGAACAUUCUGUUCUUUGGUUCUUUGUGGGUGCCAAUAUUUAACUGCUUUAGAAUUCCUUAUGCUCAUUUUGUUCAUUAACAAUUCUAAUUCCGAGGGUGACUUUUGUCUUGAAUCUAUAUUUUGGUAGUAACUCUUUCUAAAAGGACAUUGUCAGGGUUGCGGACUCCACGCACAAAGUGCUGUCCAUCAGUCAGAGCUACAUGGGAGGCAUACUUUUACUGAGCAGAGUUUUCUAGAAUUAAGAUCGUUGAAAUGUCUGAUGGGUAAAGACUUGCAUGUUUUAAGUUUCUGUGAGAUGUGGAUGAAGAAACAAAAGUUAUUAAUUUGGUAGACCCUAUGAAAAGUAAUUUUUUAUAAUGCUGGCUCUUGCUCUAGUUUUCAGCAGUACAUUAGGUAUAGUGUUUAGCAGUCAGCGCAAGCAAAGAUAUUUUGCCAUGAGGCACUACAAAGUUGAAGUUAUUAAAACAUUUAUAGCCUUAGAAAAAAAAAUCAAUGAUUGUCAAAUGGGAAAGGACAAAAUCAGUAGCUGGGACUGGGAGGGGAAUUGUUUUCCAUCUGCUAAAACAGUAGAGGAAAUGCAAAAAUUAAACUAGCAAAAGCAAUCACUUGACAGUGUCCUUUUAAGUUUAAGCCCUUAUGUUAGGAAGCUGCCACUGGGGAGUUAGUGCAGCCACAGCUUGUUGUCCAGAGUGUUGCCAGUUAAUAUGCUUCAGCUACACAUCGGGCUGUGUUCUACAUGUGGCUUUGUGGAGUAACAUGACUUCUGCUGAGGCUCACACCCGUGCCUUCACUUCGUGUUCUUCCCGAGUGGCUCAUACACGCACCCCUGCUGUGUGUUUGUGUAGUCAUUGCUUGUGUGCACCUCGCAUGCCGUGGAGCUAUAGCAAUCACACCCUUCCAUUUCUAGCUGCUCCAGUCUUGCUGUUGAAUCCCAUCUUGAGCAUAUAUUUAUGUAUGUAUGUAAGGUCUUAAUCUAAUAAAUUAUCUGCAAAUUUUA